AUGCCGCGGGAGGGGGAGGGGGGAUUUGGGGGGGAUUUUUGGGGGGUGUUUUUGAGAGUUCCGUGGGUAAUUUUGGCCCCCCAGGCGCGCCCCGCGGGGGUCCUGGAGCUGCGGGUGCUGUCGGCGCGGGGGGGUCCCGGGGGUCCCUGCGGGGGCCCCCCCUCCUGCCGCCUCCUGUUCCGCCUCUGCCUGCGCCCCCCCGGGGGUCGCGGCUGCGGCCUGGGGGUCGCGCAGAGCCCCCCCGGGCCGCCCCCCGCGCCCGGAGCCCCCCGAAUGCUCCGCCUGCCCGUGGCCUUCCCCUGGCCGGGCAGCGUCUCGCUGGUGGUGGAGUCCUGGAGGCUGGAGGAGAGCGGAGCCCCCGGUGAGGGGGAAAUUUGGGGCGGGGGGCAAAAUCUGGGCGCCUGCGCCGGUGGCGGCGGCGGCUGCUCGGUGAGUGCGACCCCCCCCCGGGACCCCCGGAACCCCCCCGGAACCCUCCUGAGACCCCCGGACCCCCGGGACCCUCCUGAGACCUCCCCGGUACCCCCGGGACCCUCCCGGGACCCCCGGAACCCCCUCGGAACCCCGGGACCCCCUCGGAACCCCCGGGACCCUCCUGAGACCCCUGCCGACCCCCCCGGUACCCCCGGGACCCUCCCGGGACCCCCGGCCCCGGUAACGGCGCUGUCCCCGCAGGGCCACGGGAGCGGCUGCGACAGCCCGGCGGCACCGGCGGCACCGGCGGCGACACCGGCGGCGGCCGUGGAAGCGCCGGCGGUGGCCGCGGCCGCGGCUCUGGUGGCCCCGGUGGCCCCGGAGGUGGCCCCGGAGCCCCCGGCGGCGGCUCCGGUGGCCCCCGGGGUGGCCCUGGACGCUCCGUCGGUGGCCCCGGUGUCCCCGGUGGCGACACCGGCAGCCCCGUCCCCGUCCUCGCUGCCGCCGCGACGGCGCUUCCCGGUCCCGGAGCCGCCGCCGGGGGUCCCGGAGCAGCUUCGGGGAGUACCGGAGGUCCCCGGUGCCUUCCCGAGGGUCCCGCACCCGGUUCCGGUGCUGGCGGAGGUCCCGGAUCCCCUCCCGGGGGUGUCGGAUCAUCCUUCGGGGGUCCCGGAGCCGCUCCCGGGGCUCCCGGAGCCGCUCCCGGGGGUGUCGGAUCAUCCUUCGGGGGUCCCGGAGCCGCUCCCGGGGCUCCCGGAGCCACUCUCGGGGGUCUCGGAGGUCUUGGAUCCCCUCCCGGUGGCCCCGGAGCCUCUCCCGGGGGUCCCCAACCCCAUCCCGGUGGCCCCGGAGCCUCUCCCGGUGGCCCCGGAGCCUCUCCCAGGGGUCCCCAACCCCAUCCCGGUGGCCCCGGAGCCCAUCCCGGGGGUCCCGUACCCCCUCCCGGAGGUGCCCCCCUCCCCCUGCGCCCUCGGGCCGUGCUUUAACGGCGGCGCCUGCGCCCCCGACCCCCGGCCCGGGACCCCCGGGAGCCCCCCCGGUAGCCCCGGGUACAGCUGCCGCUGCCCGCCCGGAUUCCGCGGCUCCAACUGCGAGCGCCGGGCGGAUCGCUGCGACCCGCAGUACUGCCUGAACGGCGGGCAGUGCCGGGACGCGCAGGGCCUGGCGCCGCUGUGCCGCUGCCCGCCGGGUUUUUCGGGGCGCCGCUGCCAGCACAACGCGGACGACUGCAGCCCGAACCCCUGCGCGCACGGCGGCACCUGCCAGGACGGCGCCAACUCCUUCAGCUGCACCUGCACGCUCGGCUUCGGGGGGCCGCGCUGCCGCCGCCGCGCCGGGGCCUGCGCCCCCAACCCCUGCGCGCACGGCGGCACCUGCUUCACGCACUUCUCGGGGCCGGUCUGCGCCUGCCCCCCCGGCUUCAUGGGGGUGCGCUGCGAGGAGGAGGUGGGGGCGCCGCCGGCCGCCCCCCGCCCGCGCCGAGGAACGGCCCCGCUGGCGCUGUGCGCGCUGCCGCUGCUGCUGGUGGCGCCCGGCGUGGGGCUGGCGGUGGCGCGCAGGCGGCGAGGGAGCAGGACCCCGACAGACACGGGGGGGACCCCUCGGCUGAGCCCCCCCGGGCCGGAGCGGCGCCCACAGAGACCCUCGGCCACGCGGGUGUGACCCCAGGUGUGCCCCCAAAUCCAGGCAAUAAAUGGAAUUCCAGUGG